UGACUCCAGUUCAGCUGAUGGCGCUAAUGCAGGCGAGAGAUAGAGAUAGAGAGAGAGAGAGAGAGAGCGAGAGAGAGCGAAUGAAUGAUGAAUGAAUGCGUGAACGUGUAUAUGUGUGUGUGUGCGUGUGUGUUAAGACCCAUCAAUGGCUUGAGAUUGUUGUCAAGCAGUCUUGUUUUUUCGCACGGAGCCUCGUCGAUAGUGUCCCGGGUAUUGGAAGCAAUGAGUGACAACACUGCUAAUUCCACUACAGCCAAUGACCUCGACCUCAUCUAUCUAAAAUGCAUUAUGGAGAGCCCCCUGGUGUGGAACACUGACAGAGAUGAACCAGAGGAAGGCCUGAAGGAACUACAUCUCUCCCCAGUUAGGGAAAACAAUGUGGAGCUUCUGCAAGAAAUUCUCAGUGAUCUUGAUCCAUUCACAGACCGAUCCAAAUCAGCAGCUGAGCUCUAUCACUUACUUACACAGCCACAUUUUCAGUCUUUUCUAGAGACGCAUGAUUCAAUUGCAUCCCAGGGGGAAGGAAGCCCCCCCCACUGCCAAGGCGAAUGUACGAUUCCUGACCAGAAUCAAGAUAGAUUGAUGAACAACUUUCAGCCUCCAGCUGAUGCAAUCCGCAUGGUGGGCAUACGCAAAGUGGCUGGAGAACAUUUGGGUGUGACAUUCAAGGUAGAGGAUGGUGAACUGGUGAUUGCACGUAUUCUCCAUGGAGGGCUGAUAGACCAGCAAAGAUUGCUCCACGUCGGUGAUAUCAUCAAAGAGGUCAAUGGGCGUGACAUGGGACGAGACCCGAGGGUGCUGCAGAAGGCGCUACAAGCAGCUAAUGGAAGUGUGGUUCUUAAGAUAUUACCCAGCUACUAUGAAACAGUAACUCCAAGACAGAUGUUCUUGAAGUGUCACUAUGACUAUAACCCAGUCAGUGACAAUUUGAUCCCCUGCAAAGAGGCUGGCUUAAGGUUUAAACCAGGAGACAUCCUUCAGAUUGUUCACCAGGAUGAUGUCAACUGGUGGCAGGCAUGUCAUGUGGAGGGUGGAGCUGCAGGAUUGAUUCCCAGUCAAAUGCUGGAAGAGAAGAGAAAAGCAUUUGUCAAGAGGGAUGUGGAACUACUUCCUCCAGGAAAUCUGUGCACAGGUGUUGGUGUGAAGAGAAAGAAAAAAAUGAUGUAUGUUACAACAAAAAAUGCAGACUUUGAUAGACAUGAGAUAUUGCUCUACGAGGAGGUGGCCAAGGUCCCUCCUUUCAAGAGGAAAACUCUGAUUUUGGUUGGUGCUCAAGGUGUAGGAAGGCGCAGAUUGAAGAACAUGCUUCUGUUAAAGGAUCCCCAUCUCUUUGGAACCACAAUUCCUUAUACCUCAAGAAAGCCCAAAAGGGGAGAAUGCGAGAACCAGAUAUAUGCCUUUACAAGCCGCAGCAAGAUGGAGGCUGACAUCAAGAAGGGUCUCUAUCUUGAAUAUGGGGAGUAUGAUGGCAAUAUGUAUGGAAUCAAAACUGACUCUAUACAUGAAGUUGUGGAAGCAGGACGAAUUUGCAUUCUGGAUGCUCACCCACAGUCUCUUAAAGUGCUGAGAACCUCUGAGUUUUUGCCAUAUGUGGUGUUCCUUCAAUCUCCAGACUUUGAGGCUCUCAAGACCAUGAAUAACUCUACUGCAGGGGCAGGGGUUUCUACAAAGGCACUUUCAGAUGAGGAGUUGCAGAAAACUGAAGAAAGUGGUCAAAUUCAAGUUGCAUAUGGCCAUUACUUUGACUUAAGCAUCGUAAACAACAACCUGGAGGAGACCUACCAUGAAGUCAAGGCUGCACUGGAAUCUGUUUCUCAAGACCACCAGUGGGUCCCUGUCACCUGGGUUUUCUAGAACACAAAUAGGUGGUAUAGUAGAGAAAUAAUGUCUGCUCCAAGAAAGAAAACAAGAACUUUGAAAAAAACUUUAUAUUUUAUGAUGUUAAUCAGUAGUUACUUUUAAAAAGCUUGUAUUUUAAUUUAUUCAUGACUCCAACUGGUUGUUUAAAACAUAAAAACAAACAUGUGAUUGGUACAGUUAUAGCAAUUUUGAUAUAAAGAGAUUGAGCUCAUUGUGCAUCAUCAUUAUGUCAAUGUGUGCAAAUGAGCUACUGUGCCUUAAGUGGCAUUCAAUUAUUAAUCC